CACUUGAUCGAUUAGAAGAAGAAUUAAUAAGAAAACAAGAGUGGCAGUGGUUUAUUUUUGUGUUGGAGAACAGAAUUGUUUAUUUUGUGUUAGAAAACAGCAGAUAGUUGGAGUACCUCAAAGGAAAAAAUGAUGAUGUUUGAGGAGAAGGAUUUGAUGGCAUGCUGCGGGAGCACUAAAUUUGCUAAAGAAAUGACAUUAGCCUCCCCUUUUACUUCCCCCGAACAAGCCGUAGCCGCCGCCACAAAUAUCUGGUUCAACAAGGUGGAUGUGUAUGGUUGGCUGGAGGCAUUCGCAUCUCAUCCUCAGAUCGGCCAGUCGCCUUCCGCUUCUCACACUGCUGCUGAGUUCAGUAAGGGAGAGCAAUCCACUGCUUUAGCAACUGCUACAGGUUCCAGUUCCCAGGAACUCUCCGACUGGAAUGGUCGGUAUAAGCAAAAAUUUGGUUUUGUGUUUCUUAUAUGUGCUUCUGGGCGGACUACUUCUGAAAUACUUGCUGAAUUGAAGAGACGGUAUGAAAAUAAGCCCAUAGUUGAACUUGAGAUUGCUGCUCAAGAACAAAUGAGAAUCACAGAAUUACGCCUCCAGAAGCUCUUCUCAGCUAAAUCUAAAGCUGUAUCAACUAGCAGCCAGUGUCUAACAGAGUUUGCAACAAAAUUAGCUGCUGAUCUCAAUUCUUCAUCUGGAGUGGCAUCUCAAAUUCCAACUCGAAGUCGUCCACCUAUUACAACUCAUGUCUUAGAUAUAUCUCGGGGCUGUCCAGCUGCUGGUGUUGAGGUGCUUUUAGAGAUGUGGAAGGGCAUUCAGGCUCGUCCGUUGUUUGGUGAGAUGAACGGAGAUGGUUGGGCAUUUCAGGGGCGUUCAAGUACAGAUGCGGAUGGGCGAAGUGGUCAAUUGAUGAAGAUUGUUGAUGCUGUGAAUCCUGGAAUAUACAGAAUUAGUUUCAAUACAGGGAAGUAUAGUCCAUCUGGGUUCUUUCCGUAUGUUUCUAUUGUAUUUGAAAUCAGGGAGUCGCAGAAUACGGAACAUUUCCAUGUUCCUUUACUAUUUUCACCCUUCUCAUUCACUACAUACCGAGGCAGCUAGAGUCUUUUUGAUGUAGUUUUUGUGCAAUUUCUCCAUUAUGUAUGCGUGAAAUAAUUAAUUCAUCAUACAAUUGUUUUUAAAAGUGUAUUGUCAUCCGGAUAGUUGAGGGUUGUGUUUAUUAGCAGAAGGUGUGACAUUUAUUAUUGGAUAACAACUAACAAGUAUAUUUAUAGUCCAUCCCCUUCGCUUGAGGUUUGCCAUAAA